AUGGCGUCUGAUGUUGUUGCACGGACAAGGUCAUCGGGUGUGACGUUUACGCCUCCUACUACUCACGAUAUGGUUCGUUCGCUAUUUGAUCCUACAGUGCGGAAAUCAUUUCUAGAGAUCUGUAUUACUUUGGCUUUGCUUUCUGAUUUUGUCUUUUGUUAUUGGGGGCUUCAAAGGUUCGGAUUGACUUCUAUGAAGAAGGCAUUCUUAGCGCAGUACUUGUUUUGGAGGCUCUGCUACAAUUUAGGAAUUGGUGUCGCUCUUCAUUUGCAGUCUAGAUAUGAAACAUGGACCAAUUAUGCCAAAAGAAACCAUGUCUUUACCAAAGGUAAUCAUACCCCUUUGGCCAGGUUUUGUCAAUUUGAGUUAAAAACAAAGAUGUCAGAGGGUUAUGAUAUGUAUUCACAACCAGAGGAACUUAAUGUGUGGCUAUUGUUUCGCCAAUUCGUGGAUUUGAUCCUGAUGCAGGACUUUUGCACAUAUAUGAUCUACGUCUAUCUAUCGUUACCUGCGCAGUGGUCCGCUAUGCUCAAUUGGAGGACCGGUUUGGGUGUGUCUAUGAUCUUGUUCAACAUCUGGGUCAAAGUUGAUGCCCACCGAGUCGUUAAGGACUAUGCAUGGUACUGGGGUGAUUUCUUCUUUUUACAAGAAUCUGAACUGGUUUUUGAUGGUGUCUUUAACAUUUCACCACAUCCAAUGUAUUCCAUUGGAUACAUGGGGUACUAUGGAUUAUCGUUAAUCUGUGGUAAUUACCACGUUCUAUUGGUAUCCAUUUCGGGUCACUUGUUACAAUUUUUGUUUUUAAAAUAUGUUGAGUCACCUCAUAUGGAGAUAACUUAUGGGAGUGAAUCAAGUGAUGAUAACUCUCAAAUCAACAGCUGUAUUGAUGAUUUGAUCGCUACAAAAAAUUACGAUUAUUCAAGACCAUUAAUCAAUAGUGGUUUCUGGGUAAACAAUUUCGAUAAACUUAGGUUUACUGAUUAUUUCACUGUUGGUACCUCGUUAGCACUGAUCUGCUGGCUCUUUUUGGAGAGACCUAGUGUUAAAUUGUUAUUCAAUUUAACCUUCUUUACAAAAUUUGUCACAUCCAUUGUCGUUUGUUCCAUUUUGUAUUUGCAAUCUUCUCAAAAAUGGUUUACCAAGUUGUACUUGAAAAAUGGGUAUACUCAAGUUUAUUCCUACCAACAAUGGCAGUUCAUCUACAAUUUUUCCUCAUGUUUGACUUAUACACUUCUUUUCAUCCAAACGCUCGCUAAAUUGUUCGAUGAUAAUACCUAUAUCGAAUAUACCCAAUUCAUAUUCGGUCUUUUACUCUGUGCCGUACAGACGUGGUGUAAUGCGGAAAUUAGAUCUGCGAUCUCUGAUUUUGGUUGGUUCUACGGUGAUUUUUUCCUCAGUAACUAUAUCCCUACAAAGAGUUUGACUUCUCAUGGUAUCUACAGAUAUUUGAAUAAUCCAGAAACAAUCUUGGGUGUUGCAGGUGUUUGGGGAACUGUUUUAAUGACUGAUUUUUCAUGGGAAAAUAUCGCCCUAGCAUGUCUCUGGAGUGGUUGUAAUUUUAUCAUUGUUAAAUUCAUUGAACAACCUCAUAUGGCUAAACUUUAUGGUGAUAACACUCGUGUGGGUGGUAUCGAAAAAACCCUACAAGGUUUAGGUCCUUGGAGAAGAAUGUCUGAACUUAUGGAUAGGGUGGAAAACGUAAUUACCAAAUCUCUAACUAAUCAGCAAGAACCGUUCGAUAAAGGUUUGGAAAAGCCUCGUAAAGAUAUCAAGUCUGUGAAUAAUCACCUUCGUGUAAGAACCAAUUCUCAAGAAUGGGAAGAAGCUGUAGAGGACGCCAUUGGUAAUGUCACCUCCAAACUGUACCCCGAUUGCAAAUUUGAAAUUGAAGAUUUGGGUGAGAAGAGUUUCAUUUUGCCUCGUCCAAUUACCAUUCGUUGGCAAGUGCCCAUUGAACUGUUUGAUGAAGAUGCUUGGAUUGGUCUAUACAACAUCAUUCAGACCAGAAGUAAUUCAAAGACUACCAAAGUUUCAUCUUCAGGUCAUUGGAGUGCUGUUUCCCCAAAUGCGUACAAAGGGUACGAGUCUAACAAUUUAGCAGUCACUGAAUUCGAAAAAAAUGACACAGUUGCUUGUGGUAAAGUGACUUUUGAUUCUAGUUUAUUGCAUUUCAAACCUGGUAUCUAUGAAUUUAGGUACCACGCUGGGAAUUCACACAACGUUUUGUGUACAUCAAAACCAUUCGAGUUAUUGUUGCCAAACUUGGAUAUGGAGACCCCAGAAAUUUUAAACAAACAGCUUUUGCAAUUGUUAACAAGUGUCAGUGCUGUGAAAAAUGGCAAAUUUGAUUCUCAUGGUAACAGAUACUUUACCACAAGGAUUUUCCAGAGAUUGGUGAAAGAUUCAUUAGGUGUUGAAUUAAGCACCGAUUAUAUCAAUAGAGUCAACGGUGACAUUGGUGCCAUUUCCCAGAGAAUUUGUCACAUCAAAAAAGUGUUAGAUGAUUUAGAAUGA